CCGGAGAAGGAGCUGCCUGCCGCCCGCCUGCCUUCCCUCCGCUGGGCCUCUCUGCCUGGCUCGGCCUCGGUCUCCCCUCCGAGGGCCAUCCAGGGCGGGCCCUGCUUAGCCCCGGCCAAGAGCCUUGGCGGCGAGAGCCCCUGGAGUCCCUGCAGCAGGAGAGGAGAGGGCCGGGCCGGGCUGCCUGGAGGAGGGCCCUUGGUUGACCGGGGAGCCUCCCGGGAGGGAGCCCGCCUGAGCGGAGAGCCAAGCCGAGCCAGAGGCUGAAGCCGGGCCGCCUCCUCCGCCUCCUCCCUCCAAGCGGCUGGAUUCGCACCCAGGUCCGGAGCGGGCGGCUGAGAGAGUGGAGCCAUGGAGGGACUCAAGGCGACAACAACUCUCAGCCCUCAUGGCCAAUGGGACUUAUGGGCAUUGGGGCUGAACACCCGCUGGAAGGACCCAGGUUGCUUUGUGGCAGCUUUGCGCAGCAGGGCCACCAUCCCCGAAAGGCCCCUCUGAUCUUGGGAACUAAGCCGUGUUGGCCCUGGUUAGGACCUGGAUGGGAGCCACCCACGGAUCCCAGGCACUGUAGGCCAUAUUCUCAGAGGCAGGAACUCUGCUUAAGGGUCCCUUGCUUAAGAAAACUCUAGGCAUGUCAGCAUUUCCUUCUGCAGAAAGCUCUUUAAGAUCAGGGGCAGGUUUAGUACCCAGAAGGUCUUUUGGGCAGCCUGUCCCCAAAAGAGGAUGAAGCGUCUCAGCCAUGGAUGCCUUGCCUCGGUUAAUUCAUUUAAAUAUAUGCCUGUUGUUAAAAGAACCCAUUCUCUCACACGAAGGCUUGCCACUUUGUCCAGAGAAAGCGAGAGAAGCAGAGCAAGGAGGCGCUCCUCAUUUGCAUGCAUUCACACAUUUCCAUGUGUGCAUAUUGAGCACAUAGUCAGAAUGGGAGCCCUGCGCUGGGCGGAGGCAUAGGAAAGGGGCAGGAAACCAGUCAGGCCAGUUUGCCCCAGAGCCGGUCCCAGUUCUCUGUCAGGGAGUUGGGAUUGUGGGAUGCUGGCCUCCUUUGAACUGGCUUGGGGAGCAAGUGGAAUGGUUGGGCUUCCCAUGGUAAAGAGGACACCUUUCUCACAUACCAAGCAGCCGUGCCAGUCCCACUGGGUGUGCGCCCCCUUCUUGGAUGUCACCCGGUGCAGUCCGCACCCUCUGGAUGAUGCCCCUGGGGGCUGGCACUUCAGCCAAAAGAGCAUUUUUUUUGCAUGUGGAGGGUACAUGUGCAUGCGUUUUGUAUGGAAGAUGGCUGUUUUCUAUGCAAAACCCAGCAGUCGUGCGCAAAAAUAAGGCUUGUUGGAAGAAUUCCAGAUUAUAUCCGUGGUGGAGAUUCUAGCUUUCCUUAAAGGAAGGGUGGGAUAUCGCUGGACUGUGCAGCCAGUGGGGAGGAAUGCUGGAUGUUACAGCCCCGCAGGAUGGAUGGGGUCUUCCUGCAUGGCAGAAUGGGGUUGGACUGGAUGACCCUCGGGGUCUCUUCCAGCUCAAUGAUUCUAGGAUUCUAAGGCCUAGGAAGGCUGCAUGAUUCCCACCCCUGCCUUGGAGCCAGAUGGGAUUUCUUGGGAAGGGGAUGCUCAGAUCCGCAGGGGUCCAGCCCCUUCUUCUGCACAAAGGCCACCCAAAGGACCCAGUCUGUCUGAAUGGGCCCCUUCCUGAGCCCCACGGCAUCAGACUGGGACAGCGAUGGCCGGCUCGCUCAGUGCAGGAGGCCGCCAUGGAAACGCAUCCGGAUCCAGAGGGAUGUGGCUUAUUUGCAUGUUUGAUCUGCACAUUGCUCACGCUCUUUGCAUACAAUUUGCAUGAAUGAGCCGGACACCAGGGCUCUUGAACACAUACAGUACGCUGCUGUGAGCUGCUGGUCCGGCCAUUCCCCUUCCCAGGAUGGAGACCUUCUUGUUUUAUUCAUUUGUUUGAACGAAAACUUCUCAAGUUGCUGGCUAGUGCUGAAAAAAGACCUUUGGCUUUCUUGUGCCCAUGUAGGCACGCCAAGACGGUGCCCUUUCUCUGGAUGGUAGAGAGAGGUUCGUGCCUUCGUUGUGCCCGCUUUCCUGCUGGCCCCUGUAGCCAUGCCUACCCAAGAGGACGCUGGUGCCAAGGCAGCCUGAGCGGUGCACAAGGAUUGUUUCCACCUAAUGGUCUCUCCUCUUAAAGCUGCUGUGGAUGGAGGCCUCUUCCUGGCACUCCCCUCUGUGGCAGAAAGGCUGACUGCCAAGCGGGCACAGUGCCACCCCAAGCACCCCAGGGACUGACCGCCAGCCACUCGGAGAAGAGCUGGGCCUGGUCAGGAGAGCGACAUGGCUGAAGCUGCCGGGUCUCUUCCUCGGCCGGUGACCUUUGAAGAAGUGGCCAUUUACUUUGCCCCGGAGGAGUGGGAAGAGCUGGCCGGGUGGCAGAAGGCGCUCUACAAAGAUGUGAUGAGGGACAACUACGAGAUGCUCAGCUCCUUAGACCUUGCUGACCACAAGCCUGAAAUCAUCUUGCGAAUGGAGCGGGGAGAGGAGCCCUGGCUGAACAGGUGCCCGGAUGCCAAGACAAGAGAGGAGUCAAACCCAGACUUCCCAGGGGUUGGCCAAAUCCAGAUUAAGAAAGAAUCUGGCCUGGAAGACAAACCAGCGGGACUGGCGUGCCAUGCAGGACCCUUGGAGGCCUUGAAGGGCAGCCUGGAUAAUGGGACCAUCGGUGGAUUGUCCCCAUGGUCUAAGGGCCAUCUGAACCCCAUAUUUUGUGUGAACGGAACGGCUGCUUUGGGGCCAUGGCCUAUGCAGCUCAGGUGGCCAAACUGUGCCAUGGCUGACGGACAGGUGGCCCCGGUGGAAUUUCAAGCAGGGCAUCCGGGGGCCUCUGGAAGUGGUUUCUGGCCCGCUGGUGGUGGCACUGCCCAGCUUGAAGAGAUGUUGCUGAUUUGCACCCAAUGUCAAAAAUGCUUCCCUGCCCGUUCUGCACAGGGUCUCUCUUCUGUGGCACCCAGGGGGGGCCUUAUGCAAAUCUGCCCUGAAUGCCAAAUCAGCACUGUGAAGGACUCACCUGUGGUCACGGAUCAGCCAAGCCACAUUGGAGCUUCACCCUGUACCUGCGCACACUGUUUGCCACCCCUCACUGCCCGCCCAAGACUUCCCAAAGAGGAGAGGCCCUACAAGUGUGGGAAGUGUGACCGGAGCUUCCGCUUUGUGCAUGAGUACACCUGGCACCAGAAAGUGCAUGCCGGCGAGAAGAUCUACAAGUGCAACACCUGCGAGAAGGUCUUCCGCCACAAGCAGGAGCUGAUGUGGCACCAGCGUGCCCACACCACUGAGUGGCCCCACAAGUGUGGGGCUUGCGAGAAGAACUUCCGCUUCAAGCAGGAGCUGACCUGGCACCUCAAGACCCACUCGGCGGAACGGCCCUACAAAUGCCCUGAGUGCGAAAAGAGCUUCCGCUUCAAGCAGGAGUUCAUGUGGCACCAGAGGGCCCACGUGGGAGAUCGGCCCUACAAGUGUACUGAGUGUGAGAAAAGUUUCCGGUUUAAACAAGAGUUCACUUGGCAUCAGAGGAGCCACGCCGGAGAAAAGACCUACAAGUGUCCCGGCUGUGACAAGAGCUUCCGCUAUAAGCAAGAAUUCAUCUGGCACCAGAGAAUCCACACUGGAGAGCAACCCUAUCCCUGCGCUUCCUGCGAUUCCACCUUCACCUGUCGGCAGGAAUACAUGCGCCACCAGCGACUCCAUGACGGCGAGAAGCCCUACCAGUGCCCCCACUGCGAGAAGACCUUCCGCCGGGGCUCCACCCUCAUCCGCCACCGGCGCAUCCACCUGGGCGAAGGGGCCUUGAAGUGUGCCCACUGCGACCGGACCUUUGGCCAAAGUGCCAAUCUCAUCAAACACCAACGCAUGCACGCACUCAAGAGCGAGCCGGGGGAGAAUGCUGCAACAUGGGGGCCCUGCUUGCAGGGUUCAGCAGCCACCAUCCAGCAGGAUGCCAGGAGUGUGCUGAGCUUGAAGACGGUUUCCGUUGGGGCCCUGCUUUUGCUCAACCUCCAGGAGCCCAAACUGGAAAAACAGCAAGUGGACACCUCUGCCACCUGGGAAACCCCAAUGUGAACUCCAACGGCGCUGGAGCCAAGUUGCAAACUGGGUCUCAGAGAACUGCUGGGGGAUCACCUAAGCUUUGGGGCUGGAUCAUUGAAAUUAAUUAAUUAAUUAAUUAAGUAAUAUGUUAUUUAUAGCCCGCCUCUCCCAAAAGGAUUGAGGUGGGUUACAACAAUAAAAUACACCAACAACACGUACAAUCCACAAAUAAAAACUACACAAUCCCCUUAUCUCCCCUAUUAUAAAACAAAACAACGACAUUAUAAAAUACAGAUUGACAUGAAUUAAAAUAGACAUAAUCCAAAGGAGGCCUCUUGGGGCAGACAAGGGCAGUCUGGUGGCUUUCCUGUUAGCGAAGCUUUGAAAUACUGGACUUGAUGAGGCACCUUCCUUCCAAAGCUCAUCCCUCUUUAGGGCAGCAGCUUCAGCACCUUGGAGAGGACCUUGCGCUGUCCAAGGUACUGAAUGGCAGCCCUCAACUAGGAAGGGGCCUUGGCUCUAGGGCCUUGGCAGAGUGGGAUGAAAAACCCGGACUAGAUCCCUCCCUCUGCUGAUAUGGGAUCCAGCAGCAGCCAACUGUUUUUAGAACUUAAAAUGGAGUGCUUAGUCCUUUUCCACCAGCACCCUCCGCUUCUAGAUACCUCUCGUGUUCUUUUUUUCUGCCGCAGGGUGGAUCUGCAGGGCCACUUUGUUGCUGCCACAGUGGGAUCAUUCUUGUUGAUCAUUAAACAACCAGCAAAUGUACCUUCUGUCCACCCAAAACUCGUCCCAAGAUGCACAGGAGGAACGCUUGGGAGUCAUGAAGAGGAGAAGAGCAAGCUAAAGAGAAGGGCUUCGUCGGAGAGGGCCUAGGGAGUCUUCUCUGGCAGGGGACAGGGUUGCCCUUUCCCUCUCUUCUUUUAAUGUUAACUUCAUGCUCCACUGCCAUAUUGCAAUUGCAGGUGGAGACCUGUGUCUUCUGGGGAGAGCUGGUUUUGGAGUCGGAUUUUGGGGGGGGGGGGUGUUACCUGUAAAAGUGCCUAGUGCAUUCCUGAAACCUGUAUUAAUAUUUAAAAAGAAAUAUUAAAAGAA